GUCUUGUCUCGUAAGCAGCAAGAGCAACUGCAAAUGGCGUUGACUGAGAUACAUUUUUUGUGAAAAUACAUCCCCAAACGACGCUAUAUUUGGAUUUUUUUGAAUGAGCAGGCGCCCUCGUACAAGUCUAGGGUGGCUAUAGUUUGUUGGAACCAGCGUCAGUGUUGUUUUUGUGGUGGAAAUUAAACUUGUUGUACGCCAGUGUAAGUAACACGAGUUAGAUGACUGUGGCUCUAAACCAGCCCUCAACGGACGCUGUUAGGUAAGUUUAGUGCGUCAUAUUUCAGCCCUCUAUGUACUAUACCAUUUCACUUGCAUAUGGUGUAUUUAUAACCGUUUCCAGAAAGUAUUUUUGUCUCAAUAACUGCCACCUAUUUCUGACUUACAACAUUGAAUGAAUUUGUGUGUUUAUGUACAGCACCAAGUUCUCACUUUCAUGUUGUUAUGUGUAAAGCUUGCUGGAAUAACUUGCUUCAGAGAUCGAGUUUAUGCUUUAUAAUAAUUUCUACAAACACUUUUCGUGCUACAUUUGUAUAAUGUAGCAGUGAAACAAGAUAUUGGCGAUAUGAAUGAGUUUCACUUCGGUGGUUGACGUAUACCUCUACGCCUACCGAGAGUUAGAUCUUUGGCUGAAAGGCGAGGAUUUGCAACAGUAUAGAUGUCUCUAUGAGCUAGACAUCCCAUGAUAUAAUCGUACGCGAAGUUCACAUCUAUUCCCUUGAAGUUUUCAUCUAUCAUUCGUCCCCUCUAGGUAAUAGAUUAAAUCGAUUCGGCCCUGUUAGAAUUUUGUCAAAUGAUUUUGUAAUUUGACCUUACCCAAAGACGAAAGUGAACUUAACUGAAAACAGCAGCAAAGAGAACACUAAAUGCUCAUUUCAACCUCAAUAGAGAAAACUAUUCAGAAUAUUUGCUGUAGUCGCUCUAAGUCAGUGGUAUUUUUGCAUUGGUGUGUUGUGUUCGAACGAUGUUAUUGUUAAAAUGCAUCAGGGGUUUGCCCUCAAUAUGCGAUAAAUUCGGUUUCUAUAAGUAGUUUUACUAACCCGAUGUUAAAGUGAUGUCGGGAUAUUGUCCAUUUUUUAGAAUAUCCAGGAUAUUUACGUCUUAAAUGAUGGAAAUGAUUCCUUUCAGCCUCUCGCCUACAUGUGCUUGUGUCCGCCAUCUUGUCUUAAUCGACUCGUUUUUUUACUCAACGACCAAGAAAUAUAAGAUUUUCCUCACUAAUGGUUUCUUCUACCGUCAUUUAAAAUACCUUAGACGAGUUCAAGGAUAGAAACUUGCUUUUGCAAUCAUAUUUUUGGUUUUCAUGUCGUUUCUCAAACGAAAACGGUUGAUUUUGAACACGUUUCGCAGAAUCAUGAAAGCCGUGGUGGCUUUCCUUAGACGGGUGGAAUGAGGAAUUUUGGUGGGAAGGCAUCUUCAUUAAAUCCUCAAAGAACUCACACGUUUGAGAAACUGUUUUUGACGCUGAAACGGUGAAAGAGAAAUUGUUUUGGUGCUUUCAAUAUAUAUAAUUCGAAAGGUGUGUCCAUUCGCUCUCAAUCGUUGUGGUGUUCAAAUAUUUAUCGUGUUCUCAAUUCGCAUCUAUCUUCCGAUUGCCAAGUUUAUUACAAGGUCGAUCUUUGUGUCUGUUCCAUUAGAUUUUGUACUAUGCCUUCUGCUUUAAAAGCCUCCUGUAUUUUGCCAUCGUCUUAUUUAAAAUUGCGGUCAAAAUGUAGUGAACCGCGUCUAAGAGAAACGUGUUUGUUUGAACGGCCGCCAUCUGCUUGCUUCAUCGCUUUCCACUAGGGAUGUUAUGAUUAAUGCAUGUCCGUCUCUCUACAUGCUUUAUUUCGUCAUUGCGUUAGAUUGUUCUCCUUUCUGAAGCAAGUUGUGGUAACCUAUUUGUGUUUUUAUACCGCGUUAGAUUCGUCUAUUUUGGAAAACUUCAACGAGAGAGCGUUCGAAUCGAAUCGUGUUGCGCCUCAAAAUUUGUCGCUAUUUGCAUGUAUUUUUCAUGACGUGGUCGUGUGCUAUGUAUUUGCCUGUGUGCCUUGGAAGCUAAAAUCGAUCCUUUCUCGAUUUAUUUCGAUACGAAAUGCUUUGCUAUUGUCAAGUGCUUGUCUUGGGGUCGGUUUUUGCCUGUGAAGGUCACCAAGUUUUCCUUUGUCUUGUGGAAAAUCAAUCGCUGAAACUUUGCUCUUCGCGAAGGUUUCAAGAGUUGACUUGUCGAGUUGAAUCUUCGCGGAAAUUAUUAUCAACUUAAUCUUGGAUCAGAUGUGAGAUUGUUCUUUAUGCAUUGGGAAUUUUCAAUUUGCUUGCGCCUCUUCGAAAGCAAACUUCAAUUAAAUAACUGCUCUGUUGCACAUAUUUUUAUCACAGAACAUUCCGGUUCAUUUCAAAUCAGGAGGCUUUUGUAAUCGUAGAAGAUAUCUUGAGUCGAACUAUAUUUUCUUAUGUGUUUCCUCUGCGGCAGUUUUUCAGUUCCUCUCUAUUUAGUGGAAAUGUAAAAUUACAUGCUUAAUGGUAACACCUUUCAUAGACAAGCAUGACAUCUGUUAAAUUUUUAAAGCUCUAGUGGUUUUUGAGAAUUUGAAUCACCGUUAAUCGUGCUUUAGCAGUGUUCAAGGAUGACUCUCGCCAUAAUUAGAAUCCAACUGUAUUUAUUGGAGGUCGGUGUUUAAAUAGCAAGAAUAUUUUAUUCUAAUUCUGUAGUCAACAUCAUGUCACUUGUAAUGCAAACACAGCAUAGGCUUUCCUUUAUAAGUUGAUGCCUGAUCCUUCUUGGUUCAUUCUAUGUUGAAGAUAGCCUUACCCAGAUUUCAAGAGUUAAAAGCUUUUAACAGAUUAUGUGUAUGCAGUGUCCUUGCAUGAAUGAUGACAGUUCAUUAGGUUGAUGUUGUCUCCUGCAGCCUCUAAAUUUACAUUUGGUUCAUUAUCACUUACACUGCUUCAUUCCAUAUUUAUGAUGUAACAUUCAAUUCCCCUUGGUUAUUUGUUGCAUUUUACAUGAGUUCAGGAGGAAACAUUUCCCUUCCAUGCUUAGCAUGCCUCCAAGAUCAAUGCUGAUUCCUCAAGCAGUUUAUAGACACAUUUGAGAGCUCAGUGAGCACAGGAACAUCAGUAGAUUUUCAUUAAGGCUUUAUCAGUAGAAAUCUCAAGUUGGGUUGUCCCUUCAAUACAGCUCCUAUCACACCAUAGGUUGUAUUGUAUUGUGUAGGAGUUGAUUUCCAUAUCAUUACUGAACAAGGAACUCUCAUAAACACUUCAGUGAGAGGUCCUUGCCAUACAGCGGGGCAAGAUUUGAUUUAAAAUGAGUGACACAUUAACAUUUAUUUUUAAAAGAAUAAAUCAGUUGAGAAGGAACUAUUGAACAAAAUAUAUGUUGUGCAUCAUCAUUGGUUCUAUUCAAAUUCAUGUUAAGACCAUGGAGUCCUCAGCCAGAUGUUUUCUUGUUACAAUACCCAAUAUGUCUGUCAGUGGUGACCUAAAAAUUACUUUCCGAAAAUUUAUUCUGGUGUUUGUCUCAAAGGUUUGGUUGUGUGCCUAAAUGCAGUGGCAGACCAUGGCUUCUUAUUUAAUGGCAGUUAAACUUCCAUCUUCUGAUGAAUCAUGCAGAUAAAAAGUAAUGAGCUUCAACCUUCUUAUCGAAACAACACCUCCAGAGACCUACCAGCCUAUGACUGCAGGAUCAGAGUGAGUAAUUCAAUUCCCCUUGCCCUGUUUACAAAUGAGGCUUUAGUAUGAAAGUUAUGUCACAGACUUUGCUCAAAUGUACUAAUACUGAAGGAGAUCUUAAUGUCAUUAUGGGAGUUGACCAAUUAAUAUUACGUAGGUAUCUCAGAGGGUUAACGUAAUAUAUUUAUCACAAAUGGAUGAUAAGUUUACCACUAGUUGCAGUGCAGUAGACUUUUCUCUACAGUGUUCAUAUUUAUCUUUUUAAGGUAUUGUUUAGAUAAGUUAAUGCUUUAGUAAUUCUACAAGGUAUUUAGACACAGGAGAAGUAAAUGAAAUACAAUGGGCCAUUGCAGUUUAAGUCAAUUUGUCUCUGAGUGGUGUUAGUCCAGAAGGACUUAAGAUUAAAUUUGUUUUGUAAAUUAGGAUGCAAGCAUUUGAUGUAGCUUGGGUAUUUGUACUUUUUUUAUUUUCUCUUUUUUUUGUGUGUGUGAGGUGGAUUUGAACAAUAACUUGUGGUUGAGUAUAAGAGAUAAAUGUAUUUAAUGUGAUAACUAAAGAAUUUUGAAUUUCAACUAUGGGUUACAUAGACUCUUACACUCUGGGUUGAAAAUAACCUCCCUCAAAAAGUAAAAAAGAAGUGCAGUUGACAGGAGGUCAACAUGUUUCCCUUUCUGUUGCAAAUAUUACUUUACAGUGAAAUAACCUACUGCAGAACUUCGCGUCUUUCAACUGUUUUGUCCCUACCCAUGAGCCUGCUGUGUCCGAGUCCUUUCAUAUAAUUUUAUUGUUUACUCCACGUGUAAUUGUUUAAUAUUGGUUUUUCAUCCCCUGAUGUAAAGUAUUUUGACUAUUUUAAGAGAAAAUAGUUAUUGUUAUAGUAGACUGACAAGUGAUGCCCCUUGGUUCUACAAAAAUAGACUAAACAAGGCUAUGAUCUCCUCAUGUGACAUUUUCAGAGUGAAGAAUCCUAAAAAUUAAUUUAACUGCUCUUUUGUUUAAAUGAGCAAUUAAUGGUUAAUGCUCUUUCCUGGGCAAACUGAAUGUUUUGCUCCAAAAUUUGUGUUUCAGAGCACUAUUGUUGACCUAACUGUUGUGAUUUAUAGUGGCAAAUUACUCGUUGAGUGUCUUGGAAUUAUGCGCAGUAAACCACAACUUGACAAUUUUGAUUUGCCUUGUGUAAUAUAAAUCCAUAGUCACCUGACCCCAUUUUGACUUUGUUCCUGGAGCAGUUCUCAAGUUUGAGUUCAAGGCACUCAAAUGUGAAAGUGUUGUGUGGUAAUGCCUUAACCAAGAUCAUCAAUAGGAAAUUCUUUUUGACAAAACAGCUGUUGUAGAAAAUUGAGAUUUUUGACAGAACUUGUCCAUAUGUCAGAUAUGGGAGAGUUCCUUGACUACUGGACAGAGUUCUCCAUUGAGAUUUUUAAUGGCCCAUGCAUUUUUUUUGUUGCGAUGUUGAGAAUAUUCAGCUGCUGCUUCACUCCAUUCUCUUGCAUCUACCUUUUGUGAUGAAAACCUUGCUUGUUUUGCAACAUCUUGUUUAUUCAAUUCCGUAACAAGAUACCUUUAAGUUGACAUUGUGGAAUGUGAAAGUGAUACAGCAUCUUUGGUCUUUGUACCUAACACUUUUACUCAAAACCAUUCCAAUUUUUUUUAAUGAAACGUUAUUGCAAGUUGCAUCCAUCAAUCAAAGAUCCAAUCAUAUUUUCUCAUUUUAAUUAGCAUGUUGUCCUAUUUUGAUCCUGGGUCUACUGGUUACACUAAUCCUUAAUUUUCAAGUCAUCUUUCACUGUUCAUCCCUGGAUACUCUAAACCCUUCUUUGUAGGGAUCUGUGCUUGAACAAACACACUCGCACAUACCUCUAGCAGUGAGAUACACUGUAUCUUAGACAGCAAAACAUGAGCAAAUUGAUCAUGUAGUAAGUUUCAGACAAAUAUAAUUAACGUUUUAAUUAAUUUUCCUGUUUUCUUUACAGCCCUCAGCCGGCAGAAUCUAGCACUGCGCCAAAAAUGCCUAGUCUUUCCUCUAUCCGGCACAUCCCCCAUAUCUUGGUAAGACCUUUUAUAUGAUUAAAUUAUUGCUUCAGCAAAAUUCCAGACUCCAAUUAUGUCAUAAAGUUUGGUUACCGGUAUGUUUGUUUUGUCCCAGGUAUUCCAAUAAUGGCUAGAUUGGCAAGUUAAUCUUCCAAGGUGGAGAUUUUCAGAAUUGGCAUUCUUGAACUUGUCACCUCUUCAAGAGCCAUUUAACAUUAUUGUGUAAAUCAAAGCCUUAUGGUCUGGUUACUUUUGUUAAAUUAAGUGGGAGAAACUUAAAAUGAUCAUUUCCUUUAUAAGAUGAGUAUGAAUCACUGUCUAGUAAUGGCAAAAGAUUUGCAUUUAGGUUGCAGUAGAGAGCUUGAAUGGUAAAUUCUUAAAUUUCAUUUGUGUAAGGCAUGCCCUAGUAUAGAAUUCACUUUUCUACUAGCUUUUUCUGUAUGGAGGUAGCUUUUUUGGCCUAUUUACCGUUCUGAGAUUCUGCUAAAUCAAAUGCUUCCAAGCUCUCAACAAUUUUCUUAAAGAAUCUCUCAUUUUUGGGUGGGUUAAUGUAUUCUUUGUGGCUAUCAAUAUUGUUGUUCCUCUAAGCAAUACUGCUGAACUGUGGACAGGUUCCCUUGACCAGCUCUUUGAAAGUUUUCACAUGUGUGGAACUGAAUGGUUGAUAAGGAAAAUAGCCACUCGCAACAAGUUAACGAAAAGAAUGACCAGUCAAAGAAUGUCUGGUCAAAAUGCUCCUUCCAGCUUCAAAUGUUUUUGAAAACUUUGUAGUUUUAAUCCCCUCUCGUUAUUUUCCUUGUUGGAACAACCUUUGCAUCACUAAGCCUUAAAGCAACUUUUUCAAAACUUAAUUUUUUCUUUCCUUAUUGUGAUUGGACUUCAAACCUGAACCUUAAUUGCCUCCAGUAAUUAUUAUUAUUAUUCAUUUAAAUAUUUAAUUUUUUUUUCAGGAUCAUAACUAUGGGCAGCCUCCUCCCAUGACCCCUCCUGAUUCAAACAGUCCAGGGCCUGAGGAUGGUGAUACUGGAAAUGAAGAUGAGGAGGAUGAUGGGGUUACACGGUGCAUUUGGUGAGAAUAGUUACUAUCUUACAGAAAAUGAGGGCAAAUUGAUGAUUUCAUUUGUGGAGUUAAGCCACAUGCAUCAAACUUUCUGUUACGUGAAACGGUAAACACUUUUUUUAUUCAGAAGUAGAGUUUUAGUGGAGUAUUGUUGCCACAUGUAAGAGUUGUAAGGGUAUUCUAGAUGGAUUGAAUAGAUGAUCAGAAGCCUCAAAAGGUUUCAUGUUAAAUCAUCAGAGCUUAUAGAAAGUAAGCCUCAAGAAAAAAAAUUUGUAGAGCAGUGAGUAACUUUUGAUGUACUGUGUGCAGUGGGGGUCAAAAAAUGGAAAUUACUGAGAUUUUUAAAGGGCCCAUUGACGCUGGCAAUGUAGGACUUUUAUGCAGUUGGAGAUUUUCCUAGCUAAAUGAGCAGAGUAGUGCAAAAGGAAAAUUGCACAGUGUUGAUAUAUUAAUAGGUUUUGCUUAUUGUGUUUCUCUUCUUUCAGUGAGUUUGAUCAUGAUGAUGGUUACAUGAUUUGCUGUGACAAGUGCAGGUGAGUUUUCAUCCGCAACAUUUGCUUGGCAUAGUCAGUAUACUUAGGUUUUGAUCUGAUGAAUUUCACUUGUUCUUACCCUCUCUUAUAUAUUAACAUUACACUUUGUGAGACUGGUAUACUGUCAAGCUGUAUCUAAAAAUUAUUGCUGUGGUUACUUGCCUUUAACUGUUCCAUAGUCAAUUUCAUUGGCAUGUAUGAUAGUGGCUGUUCGGCUGUGCCACCAUCUGAUGUGGGAAGGUUUUAAAAAUGUCAUAGAGAUCUGCUUUGAGAUGGUCAGAUUUUGUAAAAGGUACAUCAGUGGUUUUGAGUAUCAUGUUUUUAAUUUGGUGUGCAUCUUCUUAAAGAGUGUAUUUUGAAUCAAGAACUGAGGUCACCAGUGAAGGCAUACAGAGUAACUAGUGAAGUUAACUAGCUGUCUGCUCUCAUGUAAACAGAUUCAUGUUGUUUUUUUCCAUUUUGUUCUUUUUUAGUGUGUGGCAGCACAUUGAAUGCAUGGGAAUAAGUUCAGAUGCCGUACCUGAGAACUACCUUUGUGAUCAAUGUCAACCAAGGUUCGUAGUUGUUUGUACAACCCAACCACCAGCACUAGUCACAGAGAACAAGAAAUUGGUUAGGGCUUUCAAUGCUUAGAAAAAAAUCCAUUCUUCCCCUAUGAAACAGGAAUUUUAAUUUUAUUGACAUUACAUUCAAUUUUUUUCUUUUUUUAAUCUAGGGGGGUUAAAUUAGAGGUACAUACAAUACAUGGAAAGUUUUUACUUUUUUCCAUGCUGGCCAUACAAUAUAUUUUUAUCAAGAGUUAUAAAUUAUCCUUACAGAUAAUUCUAUUCGGCCUGAAGGCACAGGGACAUGAAAAUGCAAUGUCUUCUUUUGUUGAUUGGACUUUUGUUUUCCUGUCACCUGUCUCUACUCAAAAUUAUAUAUUGAUAUUGUGAAGGAAAUAGAUAUUGGUAGCUCUUUUUAAGGGCAGCUUGUUGAGCAGGCUCUCUUUUAUUAUUAUUUUUUUCAUUGCAAAUUGUCAUUUGUCAAAUUGACAUUGCAGUAUUUUUUGGCAAAUUAACAAUCUUUCGACAUACAUAUAAUGUACUGUUAAUUGGUGAAAGCUUGAACUAAUUGUGUCUUUUGUUGUGAUAGGACAUUAGAUAGAGAGCGGGCUAGGGCAAUUCAAGAGCGGAAAAGAGAGGAGCAAAGUGGUAGGAUUUCCAAUUAUUUUUUAAAAGGGAGAGUAGCACUUUUAAAGCCCCUGUUUGCAUGGUUGCAUGUUUGCCACAGGUCAGGAAAAAGUCAAGGAAAAAUAAAGUUCUUUAAGCUCAGAGAAUUUCACUUUGAGUCAGGAAAAAUUUAUGAAUUUAACAAGUAAUGUAAUGGGGAAAUUUCACAAAAAUUUAAAGUGGUUCUGUGUCGUUUGGGCUGUCUUCAAGAUGAGGAUGGCUAUAAGGGGAGGUUGGAGGCCAUAGACAGUACUUGAUUGUGAAAUUGUUAAUUAACUUCAUUGGUCAGGGAAUUUUAUGUUUGUCAGAGAUUGGUCAAGAAAUUUCAGUAACCCAUGACUUUGUGGCAAUCAUGAAAUGGUAAUUAGAAAUCAUAAAAUGGUUGCCAAAAAUAAAAAUUGUCAGUCACCAGGAAGAACCAAAAGACAAAGAAAAAAGAAAGAGAAGUAAAUACUAUUUUUGAAAAAUUUUACAUAAUAUUUGAUGCAAAUGUGUAUCUCUCCCUAACUUAAGACCAUGAACACUGAAGGAUUAGCCAAAGGUUGCCAAAUUGACUACUUUCACCAAAAUGUUUUCUUCACACCAUGGUACUGAUCAUUGAAACUCCUCAAAUUGAAAAAAAAGAAUUUCUUCUUACAAUAUCAAUGCAACAUCCAACAGACAUGUGACGACAAUGAAGAAACAUGUCAAGUAGAGGAUUAUUAAUUGAUCCAAUACCAAAUUCUCCAAACUAACAUCGUGAGAAUUGUAUGGCAGCCAGUAAGGAGAAUUAUUAACAAGAUCUUGUGAGUGAAAGGUUUGCGUGUCUCUGUAUCCAAAAUACUUAACAUUAUUUGCACAUGUUCUUUGUCAGAUGACGAUGAUGAUGAUGACAGUGAAGAAGACAGGGACACACCAACAUACACAGCUGUCUCUAAUACACCGACAAGAAUCACUUUAACAGCUAAAGGCAGUCAGAAGAGAAAGCGUGGCCCCAACAAGAUCAAGGUGAAGGUUCCGGACAUUGUUCAUGUAAGUACAUGUAAAGCUUACUUUGGAAUUCCUUUCUGGUUUUGAAUAUUGUAUUGAUUUAAAUCUUAUACUUCUUGUGACAGGUUGAAAACCAUGAGAAGGAGAAGAAACCUCGAAGAAGAAAGGUUGGUGGAAGGUUUCUUCUUCUACUCAUAAUAAACAAUUUCAAGGUCUUCAGAAUUUUGCUCUGAAAACUGCCAUACGAAUCUGCACAAUCAAAAGAGUAUAUGACAUGCACAAAGACAGUGUUGAAAGAAUCUUUAUUACCAGUAUUAUAGAUAUUUUUUGUUCACCAUGUAUUAAUUCAGUUCCUUCAUCUCAAUUUCUCUUAUAAUAGAGGCAAAAGCAGAAGCCUCCCCCUGGAUUUGUCUCUGGUGAGUUUUUCCUUCCUUUUAUUUGCUUCCUCUCCUUCUUGAUUGAAUUGCAUUUUUGGUUUCUUAAUGGGGUUGCAUGGGACCCAUAAAAACCUUUCCUGGGAGUAACAGGUACAAUUCAGGUGA